AUGGCAUUGACAGCGAGAAAAAGCCACUGCUACCUCGGCGGCGCCAUGGCCGUCGCCGUCGAGCCAAUUUGCUCGGAUUCGCUCGAUAAUCGAUUCGAGCUCGACGAGUCCGAGAUUUGGGCCUUUGACGACGUUGUUCGGCCCGACAGCCCACCGGACCGAAAUACCGCGGAAAAGCCCGCAAAAGCGGGCUAUCAUCACCUCCGAACGGGUCCAAGGUCUGUCCCGGUGAACGUCCCCGACUGGUCGAAGAUCCUCGGCGGAGAGUGCCGGCCACGCGCCGCCGGGUCCCCGGAGUGCGAGGGCGCGGGAAAUGACAGAUUGCCACCUCACGAGUUUCUUGCUAGAAAUCGAGCGGCGCCUUUUUCGGUGACGCUGAAGGGUAGGGAUUUAAGGAUGAGAAACGCGAUUUGGAAGAAAACUGGAUUCGAGGAUUAA